GCUACUGGGGACAAAAUGGGAGUCGACAUUUCCACCUUUAAAAGCCUGCGGCAGCCAAACAUCCGUGUGGGACUCCAGAUCCACCUCGGCUCUCCAGGUCAACAUCUUCCUCCUGCACAAGUUUCAGCUGCGGAUGCGCGCAACAACCGCGGAUAUUGAUUAUGUUUGAAAAGGAGUCAGGAAACCAACUGGACCCGUCAGCUACAACAGCCAUGCCUUCCAACAACUCCGGAGCGAUCCUGUCAGAGAGCAGCAACGUGACUGCCACAGCAGCAGUGAAUGGAGAUACGCCCCUUAUUGCCGAGGGCCUAUCAGAGAACGACAGCGGCGUUGAGUUGACCAAUGACAACAGCCCGCUGACUGCAGCGGAGCCGCCCUCGCCCUUCUGCCCCAAACAGAGCGGGGGCGCCGCAUCGCCGCAAGAUGGUAACCAGCGUACGAGAGGAAGCAGGAAGAGGAGCAGGAAGAGGCCCGAGGAGGAGGAACCGGACUGGGACUCCUACAGCCACAAGCCGUCAGGAACGUCUCAGUUGGGCUUGAGGAACAGACCGAGACCAAGAACCAUCUACCAGGCCGGCCUGGCGGCAAACCCGCAGACCAAACACCGCAGGCAGAACCGCAAACAGGAGCAAAGCCCAGUCAUGUACGCUGCUGGUCCUCGCAGAGCCGCUGGCGUCGUUGCCAGAGAGACGCCAGAGGCGCCAUGUUUGGAGCUGAUGGAGCAAGACUCCAAAGACUCGGCCCAGAGCAGCAGCACCACGUCCAGCUCCGAGGUCCAGCCAGAAUACAACGAUAAUAAAGGCUUUGGAGUCGGCGAGCUGGUCUGGGGGAAGAUCAAGGGCUUCUCCUGGUGGCCGGGCAUCGUGGUGACGUGGCGCGCCAUGGGCAAACGGCAGGCCAGCCACGGCAUGAGGUGGCUGCAGUGGUUCGGAGAUGGAAAGUUCUCUGAGGUUUCAGCGGACAAGCUGGACUCUCUCAUGGCCUUCCCCAAGUUCUUCAGCCAGGCUUCGUACACCAAGCUGGCCUCCUACCGAAAGGCCAUCUUUCAGGCAGUCGAGAUGGCCAGCGUCAGGGCGGAGAAGACCUUUCCCCCCUGCGAGACGGACAAUCCCGAGGAGCAGAUCAAACCCAUGCUGGACUGGGCCAACGGCGGCUUCCAGCCCAAAGGAGAGGAAGGACUCAAACCGACACGCAGCGCCAGCAGUAACCCUCUGGACCACCAGAUCCUCAACGUUUCUCUGCCAGAGUAUUUCCCCAGCGCUAAGCGGCCCAGAGUCAGCCCCUGCAAGGCCAAGGCUGCACCCGAGGAGCCCUGUAGCAGAGAACAAAUGGUGAAUGAAGUACAGAAAAAGAACCGAAGUAUAGAAGAGUUUUGUCUCUCAUGUGGAAAGAUGAGAGCAGCAACCUUCCACCCGCUGUUUGAAGGAGGCUUGUGCCAAACGUGCAAGGAUGUGUACCUAGAGAUCUCCUACAUGUACGAUGACGAUGGCUACCAGUCCUACUGCACGGUCUGCUGCGGAGGCCGAGAAGUUCUGCUCUGCGGAAACGCCAACUGCUGCAGGUGUUUCUGCGUGGACUGCCUGGACAUCCUGGUGGACCCCGGGGCGUCCAACAAUGCCCGGUACCAGGACCCCUGGCGCUGCUACAUGUGCCAGCCGCUGCUGCAGUACGGCGUCCUGAAACGGCGCCACGACUGGAGCCUGAAGCUGCAGGAGUUCUUCGCCAAUGAUAACGGACAGGAGUUUGAGAAACCAAAGAUUUACCCAGCAGUCCCUGCUGAGCAGCGAAGACCAAUCAGAGUCCUCUCCCUGUUUGACGGCAUUGCUACUGGCUACCUGGUUCUGAGGGAUCUGGGCUUUAAAGUGGACCAGUACGUGGCGUCGGAGGUGUGUGAGGACUCGAUCUCGGUGGGUGUGGUCAGACAUGAAGGAAAGAUCCAGUACGUCCAUGAUGUCAGGAACAUCACCAGGAAAAACAUUCAGGAGUGGGGGCCGUUUGACUUGGUGAUCGGAGGAAGUCCCUGCAACGACCUCUCCAUCGUGAAUCCGGCCAGAAAAGGCCUGUUUGGAGGAACAGGAAGGCUGUUUUUUGAGUUCUACCGCCUGCUGAGCGAGGCCAAGCCCAAAGAAGGAGAAGACCGUCCGUUCUUCUGGAUGUUCGAGAACGUGGUGGCCAUGGGCGUCAACGACAAGAGGGACAUCUCCCGCUUCCUGGAGUGCAACCCUGUGAUGAUCGACGCCAUCGAGGUCUCCGCCGCCCACCGCGCUCGCUACUUCUGGGGGAACCUGCCGGGGAUGAACAGUGAAACUGCGUGUUUCAGGCCGCUCUGCGCCUCUGGGAUGGACAAGCUGGAGCUGCAGGAGUGUCUGGACCACGGACGGGUCGCAAAGUUCGGGAAGGUGCGAACCAUCACCACUCGCUCCAACUCCAUCAAACAGGGGAAGGACCAGCACUUCCCGGUGCUGAUGAACGGGAAGGAGGACGUGUUGUGGUGCACGGAGCUGGAGCGGAUCUUUGGAUUCCCGGUUCACUACACCGACGUGUCGAACAUGGGCCGCGGCGCCAGGCAGCGGCUGCUGGGCCGGUCCUGGAGCGUGCCGGUCAUCAGGCAUCUGUUCGCGCCGCUCAAAGAUUACUUCGCCUGUGAAUAAACACAGAAACCACAGGGACCUGAAGAUGUCUCACUCUGUCAGCCACUUUUGCAUGGAGAGAGUUACUUUGAUUCAAACCAGAGCUCCAGGAAAAUGAUGAUUAAAAAAAGAAAAAGCUGAUCGGAUCAUCCAGAAUCAGAACCGGAGCUCAUUAAACUCCCUAAAAACCGGUUUGUUUUCUGAGCCGCUCAGAAAAUAACCAACGAUAAGGCUGAUAAAAUCUAAACAAAACUUCUUCAUUCACAUUUUAAUUGGUAAAAACAAAACCGACACUUAAAAAAAACUCCUUUAUUUUCCUCAUUUUCAUUUAUUUUGACCAAUAAACUGAAGUUUAUUUAUCAAACCUGAGUAAGCAGAGUUGUUUUGCUCAACUUUGCUGCAAAAAAACAAAAUCUUACCAAGUAUCUUCAUCUAGUUUCUAUUGCAAAAAUCUUAUUACACUUCAAAAAAG